CUUUACCACUCUACUUUCCUCCAUUCUCAACCCCAUACCAAAAAAAAAAAGUCAAUUCCCAAAAAUCCUCUUUCUAUCUCUCUCUCCCAUGUUCUUGACUUUUCCCAGUUGAAGCAUUUUGAAAAUUUUACCCAUUUCCUUCGUCCAAAUUUGCUCCUCCUUCUCUUCAUCCUCUCCCCACUAUGCUUCUCACUGAAAUUUUUCAUCUGUCCCCUCACCCACUUGGAUUCACUUAGGGUUUCUUCUGAAGCUAGAUCUGAACUCAAACAUGGGUACCACAUGGAAGAAACUCAAGGUUGCUCUCGGCUUCAACAUGUGCCUCUAUGGCCCUCGGAAUCUGGACGAUUCCUUGCCCUCCGUCGCUUCUAGAUUCUCCGACGCCGUCGCGCCCUCCAAUUUCCUUUCUCCGGCCAGUUUUGGCUCCGAUUGUCGCCCGGCGACUCCCACUUCGUCGUCCUCCGGUCUCCUGCUCUCCAAGUCCUCCACCAGAUCCUCCAAGAGGACCUGUGCAAUAUGCCUGACAGCUAUGAAGCCAGGGAAGGGCCAUGCUAUCUUCACCGCGGAGUGUUCCCACUCGUUUCAUUUCCAUUGCAUUACCUCGAAUGUUAAGCACGGAAAUCAAAUUUGCCCAGUUUGCAGAGCCAAAUGGAAAGAGAUUCCUUUCCAGAGCCCAGCUUCAGAACUUCCCAAUGGAAUGAUGAGAAUCAACCAAAUUGAUUGGCCCCAAGAUGAUUCUUGGAUGACCGUUUUAAGAAGGGUUCGUCCCCCACCUAUUGAGUCACCUAGGCAGAUAUCAUCCGUGUCUCAUGGACCCGAACCAAGUAUGUUUGAUGAUGAUGAAGUCCUAGAUCAUCACUCUAACAUCAUAGAUCAAGGAACAUCUGUUGUAGAUGCUAUUGGUGGUUCUAUUGGAACAGUUGAGGUUCAAACAUAUCCUGAAGUUUCAGCAGUUGCUCAAUCGACAUUUCAUGAUAAUUUCACUGUAUUAGUGCAUAUCAAGGCUAGUCUUACAAUCCAAAGCCAAAAUUGUUGUGAAAAUCAAACCCCAUCUCUUAUGGUAUCUCAAAAUUCUCGUGCUCCAGUUGAUCUUGUUACGGUGCUUGAUGUUAGUGGGAGCAUGGCUGGUACGAAGCUUGCUUUGCUGAAACGAGCAAUGGGUUUUGUGAUACAGAACCUUGGCCCCUCGGAUAGGCUUUCUGUCAUUUCCUUCUCCUCUGCAGCACGACGCCUCUUUCCUCUUUGUCGGAUGACUGAGAGUGGACGCCAACAGGCACUACAAGCUAUUAAUUCUUUGGUUUCAAAUGGUGGAACAAACAUCAUUGACGGCUUGAAGAAGGGGACCAAAGUAUUACUGGAUCGAAAGUGGAAGAACCCCGUUUGUAGUAUUAUGCUGCUUUCAGAUGGUCAGGAUACAUACACUUUUGGGGCAAGUUCACGUUCCCAAGUUGACUAUCUUUCACUUCUUCCGGUAUCGAUCCAUCGCAAUAAUAACACAGCCUUGCAGAUACCAGUGCAUUCAUUUGGUUUUGGCACUGACCAUGAUGCUACGGCAAUGCACUCAAUCUCUGAGAUCUCAGGAGGAACAUUUUCCUUUGUAGAAGCAGAGGGCACAAUUCAGGACGCAUUUGCUCAAUGCAUUGGGGGGCUUUUGAGCGUUGUUGUUCAAGGGCUUCAGGUUAGAAUUGAGUGUGUUCAUCCUAGUUUGCAACUCGGUUCAUUGAAAGCGGGAAAUUACCGAUCGGACAUCAUGGCGGGUGCAAGAAUUGGCACUAUAAAUGUUGGAGACUUGUAUGCUGAAGAAGAAAGAGACUUUUUGGUGACAAUCAACAUACCGGUUGAUGGUUCCAUUGAUGAGAUGUCAUUGCUCAAAGUCAAAUGUGCUUACCGAAAGCCCAUCACAAAUGAACUUGUGACUUUGGAAGAUGCUGGGGAAGUGAAAAUAAGUAGGCCAAAUGCAAUUGAAGAACAAUCAGUAUCAAUAGAAGUGGACAGGCAGCGCAACCGAGUACUUGCCGUGGAGUCAAUGGCCAAGGCUAGAGUUGCGGCUGAACGUGGUGAUUUGGCUGGUGCAGUCUCCAUCUUAGAGAACUGUUAUCGGACAUUGUCAGGAACUGUCUCGGGACGAGCUGGUGAUCAUUUGUGCACUACGCUUUGUGCCGAGCUAAAGGAGAUGAAGGAAAGAAUGGAAAACCAGCACAUCUAUGAGGCUUCAGGACGAGCUUAUGUUCUAUCAGGGCUGAGCUCUCAUUCAUGGCAGAGAGCCACUGCCCGUGGUGAUUCAACAUGCAGUGGAAGCCUCGUGCAAGCUUACCAAACCCCAUCAAUGGUAGACAUGUUGACACGGUCCCAAACCAUGUUAUUAGGGAACCCAACGCCACGGCCUCAAAGAACACUCCGCCCUGCCAUGACAUUUCCUGCCCGAAAUCGUCAACGGUAAUCAACAGUACGUACCAUCCGAAACUUCAUCCUGCCUGCCAUUGUUGUAGACAUUUUCUUUUUGCUUUGUUCCGUGUCAUUCAUCUUUUUUGUGGUAUUUGAAGUUUUGUUGGGGCCUGGGGUGAGGGGGAGAUAUAUUUCCUAGAGUUUUGGUGGGUAUACUUCCUUGUUUUAAGUUGUAAAUGAACAAGAAUUGGGGGUGAAAUAUGUUAUAAUGGGGGUAGUGAGCCACUGUUUGAGAAGAUUGGUUUACUCAAAGUGUGAGUUUGGUUGGGGGGUAUAGAAGUCAAUUAUGGGGAUAAUUGUGGUGAGUUUCUCACUAAGUAUGGUAUAAUACAACUACUCCUAAUUCUUUUCCAA